UGGGACCACUUCCUGUUCUGGGAUAGUGGAAGCCUUCUACAGAGGAGAAUGGUCAGGUCUAUGUCCUAGUGGGUGGAGCAUGAUGACAGAGGUUAAGGUUGUGUGUAGACAGCUGGACUGUGGGAAUCCUGUAGCUGAAUCUAGAGGACGUCUGAUUGAAGAUGGAAGAAGAGGAGUCACACUAAAUCUUUGCAUUGGACAUGAGUCUUCUAUUGGACAGUGUAGCAUCAUGAUCAGCGGAGAACCUGGUGUCUGUGAUGGUGGAUAUUAUCAUCAUGUGACCUGUUCAGAGUCUGUGCGGCUUGUGGAUGGAGCUGGUCUCUGCUCUGGGAGAGUGGAGGUGAAGUCCAAUCAGUCCUGGGCCUCAGUGUGUGAAGCUGACUUUGACCGGCAGGAUGCAGAGGUAGUCUGUGGGGAGCUUGGCUGUGGUGCUCCUGCAGCUCUACAGGGGGGGCUCUAUGGAGGAGGUGAGGGUCAGACCUGGGAUAAAGAGUUCCAGUGUAAAGGCAAAGAGUCCCUUCUCCUGGACUGUGACACCUCAGACAGAGAAAACAACACCUGCCUACCUGGUAAUGCUGUUGGACUCACCUGCUCAGAGCCUGAUGAUGUGAGGCUGGUGGGAGGAGGCAGUCGCUGUGCUGGUGGAGUGGAGCAGUACGACCAGGGAGAGUGGAGGACUGUGGGAACUGAGGACUGGAACGAGGAGAAUGUAGCUGCAGUAGUGUGUAGACAGCUGGGAUGUGGCUCUACUGUUUCAGAACUACCAGGAAACACCACUGGAGGGUUUAUAGUUUACUGUUCUGGGUCUGAAUCUUCACUGAGGGAGUGUAGAAGAAGUUAUGGUCUCCUUCCUGGACUCACAGUGAUCUGCUCAGGUAAUAAAAUUAUAUUAUAUUUAUAUUCAACUGAUUUCCUUCAUUCAUACAACUUCCUCUGCACCUCUCAUGAUGACUGUUUAACUUGUCAGUCUGCUUUGCAAAGUAGAUCACUCAGUCAAGUAGGAAUGAAAUACAAGUUAAAUAUCCCAGAAUGCUUUUGUAUUUGAGUGUUAUCUCAGUGAACGUCUCUACUCACUACCACUGUCACAUGUCAUGUUAUUGUCAUAUCUAAAUGAG